AUGGCCACAAACGGCGGUGCCGCUGAGACGUUAAUGUUCAAAGAGUGUAGGCACAACCAUGCAGCGCACCUAGGUCGUCAUGCUUUCGAUGGUUGCGGUGAGUUCUUGAAGAAUGGGAACGAUGGAACACCAGAAGCUUUGCUUUGCGCCUCCUGUGGGUGUCAUCGGAAUUUUCAUCGCAAGGAGGAGCUGCCACUCCACCGCCUCCAAGUUAUUAGGCUCUACCUCUUUCGCCACCUUUCUGCCGCUGCAGUCGCCGCCCCUCCACCACCACCACCACCUGGUGCAUUGCAUCAUGCAAGACCAAAUGAUGUAAGAUCUGAAAGGCUUGGCCAAACAGAGAUGGUGGAUGAACCGGCCGGAAGAUGA